AUGAAGUCCACCAUCACCCUCCUUUCGCUCGUACCCUCCACUCUCGCCGCCACUACGGGCUCUUUUAAUAUCCUCUCCUUCAACGUCGCUGGCCUCCCCGAGAUCUUCAAUAGCAAUGACGUCCCUGGCGACAAGACUGAAAAUACCGAGCUCAUUGGCGAGCGCUUCGCAGAGUACAGCUACGACAUCAUCCACGUGCAAGAGGACUUCAACUACCAUGCCGCACUUUACUCGACCGACACUCAUCCAUAUCGCACUUCCACCUCGGGCGGCGUCCCGUUCGGCUCAGGCCUGAAUACGCUCUCCAACUACGACUGGAUUGAUUUCGAAAGGGUCAAAUGGGAUACCUGCUCCGAUGCGAGCGGGUUCGACUGCUGGACACCAAAGGGGUUUACGGUGAUGCGGGUGAAACUCGAGGACGGGGUCUAUGUCGAUUGCUAUAAUCUCCAUGCGGACGCCGGAUCGGAAGAGGAGGACGUCUCCAUCCGUAGCGCAAACCUCCAGCAAGUCUCUGACUACAUCUCCGCCAACUCAAUUGGCAAUGCGGUGCUCGUGUACGGCGACACCAAUGCGCGGUAUACCUCGUCCGGAGAGAACAUCCGCACGUUCGAGACGCAAAAUGGGAUGGUGAACCCGUGGGUGGAGCUAGUUUUGGACGGGGUUGAGCCGACAGAAGGGACCGACGCGGUGGUCUGUGAGAAUCCGACCACUACUCAAACAUGCGAGACUGUCGAUAAAAUAUUCUACCGCGGAAGUCCGGCACUGGCUCUGCAGGCGUUGUCAUGGGCGUACGAGGAUGAAAAGUUCCUGAAUAACGGGUCGAUCCUCUCAGACCAUAACCCCAUCACCAGCAGAUUCACAUGGACGAAGAGUGAUUCUUUCCGAUUGAGUAAUCUCUACGGACUGACAGCCGCCAGAACAUGGUUCAAUGACCUCCCAUCCCUGUCGUCGACCACGAGGCUCUCCUCCAUCUCGAUAUCUGGUGGCAACCGGCUCGAUAGCCUCACUCUCACUUUUACGAACGGCACAUCUGUCACCCAUGGCGGGAGCGGUGGGACAGCGCAGUCACUUACCCUUGCUGAUGAGGAGGUAUGGACGACAACGAAACUCUGCCAGGACCAGGGGAAUGCGGUUGCGGUGGGCACAGAGACGAGCGAGUGUGUCACUUAUGAAGCGGAAAGUGGAUGGGGAGUCGUUGGGGCUUGGGGGAGAGCUGGUGAUGAGGUUGAUAUGUUGGGGGUAGUUUAUGGGGCUGUAUAA